UGACACCCCAAUGUAUGUGGAUAGAAGUCAGGACCCCUGGAUACUCUCAUAUUUUAUGUUGGGAUGUUGGAACCUUCUGGAAGCAGAUUUCAUUCACUUCCACCAUCACCACAAAGAAAGGCUUAGCGACACAUAGUCAUAGAGGCAGUAUUUAGAUCAUCGUUUUGCUCUAGAGCUUCAUGUUUCCUUCAAGCAUCUCUUUCCAUAGAUUUUGAGGUCAUCGAUUUGACGACGUCCAUCAUUUUACGGAGUAUUGGAUUGAAGGAAAAACUACUUCGUAUACAGUCGAACCUGAAGAAACAAACACCCUGAAGUCACAACCCCAGCAAGCCACGAUCAUCUUUGGAGAUUUCUCUCUGACUGACCACGGCGACAGACCCACAGAGGGCUUUCUACCCUGGGGGAUCACUCCGCCAUGGCUUCAAAAUCGCCCGCACUAGCCGUACCAUAUACCAGAAUCCUGCGACAGCUGCUCAAGUCCCUUCGAUGGAGAUUCAAAUUUGACUCCUUUUCGCUUGAGCCUUUCAGAAUGUUUAUUGAGACAGCCCAAUUAUAUAGACCACAGGCAUCCGUAUCAAGCACCGCCAUUUUCCGUGCUCUUACAGAGUUUCGUGAGUAUUCUCGCUGGUCGAGCAUCACCUCGCGCCCAUCUAGGGAUAUUUCAACCGUCAUUUUCAACAAGGAAAAGAAGGAUUCCAUUUUAAAAGACAUCAAUGAGUAUCUUCACCCACAGACAAGACGCUGGUAUGCAAACCAUGGCAUACCGUAUCGGCGGGGGUACUUGUUUACAGGGCCUCCAGGAACCGCGAAGACAAGUCUCGCAUCAGCAGUGGCCGGAGUAUUUGGCUUGGAUAUUUAUGUCUUGAGUCUUCUAGAUCCGACCUUAACUGAAUCACAGUUUGUUCGCCUAUUUUCCGAGGUCCCGAUAGAGGAUAUCGACGUCGCGGGCCUUGACAGACCAGAGAAUCCACCACCGGUUAAACCGGAGGGGCCAGGAAAAUAUGCGAGCCCGGCAAAUACAGGGGUCUCUCUUUCCAGUCUCUUGAACGCUAUUGAUGGCGUAUCAUCACACGAAGGCCGAAUAUUAAUUAUGACAACCAAUGCCCCGGAGAACUUAGAUGCGGCACUGAUUCGGCCAGGGCGCGUAGAUAUGCGGAUUGAAUUUGAACUCCCCGGGCAUGAGGAGCUUCGGGGCCUAUUCUUGAGCAUGUACAGUGAUGUUGGUCACCAGGGGGAUAUGACACACGCGGAUCUGGAAAAUCUGGCAAAUGAGUUCGUUGGAAAGGUACCAGAGAAAAAGUUUAGUGCGGCUGAAGUCCAGGGAUUCCUCUUGAGUUACAAGAGGAAUCCCAAUGAAGCAUGUAGCCACGUAUUGUCCUGGGCUGAGGAGAGCAAAAAUAGUGACUGAAACCUGGUAAGAAAGGGG